AUAAAAUAGAGAGUAGAGCUAAUUUUCCCCGAAGCCCCCCGAAAACCCGCCGUCCGCUUGAGUUCACUAUUGCGGGAGAAUUCCCUUUGAAUCUUCCUUCUUUCGACGAUCGAGCACACUUCACAAUUCAAACCCCCGCCGUCCGUUUUUCCCUCAAACAUGGCUAUCAUUAGCGAUCGGAGGUUGUCUCCCGGGUUUAGGUUCCACCCGACCGACGAGGAGCUGGUCCUGUACUACCUGAAGCGGAAGAUCUGCGGCCGCCGGCAUCUUCUGGAUUUAAUCUCAGAGACUGACGUUUACAAGUGCGAUCCGGUGGAAUUGCCCGGGCUUUCUAAGUUGCAAACUGGUGACAGACAAUGGUUCUUCUUCAGCCCCAGAGAUAGAAAGUACCCAAAUGGUUCGAGGACGAACAGAGCCAACAAGCAUGGCUAUUGGAAGGCAACAGGGAAGGACCGUAUCAUCACAUGUAAUUCUCAUGAUGUAGGGAUCAAAAAAACUCUGGUCUUUUAUAGGGGCCGUGCGCCAAGAGGCGAACGAACUGAUUGGGUGAUGCAUGAGUAUACUCUACACGAAGCCGAGUUGAAAAGAUGCUACUCCAAACAGGAUUGCUAUGCACUGUACAAGGUGUUUAUGAAGAGUGGGCCCGGACCAAAGAACAGCGAGGAAUAUGGCGCACCAUUUAAAGAAGAGGACUGGGCUGAUGAUGAUGAUGAUGUUUUGCUUAUUGACCAUCCAACCCCUGAUGACUUGUUGCUGCCUUCUAAAGACGAUCUUGAUGAAAUCCUUCAACUUUUAGCAGACGAGCCUCCACUUAAUUGCAGUUUUGUGGACCAACUUGGUGUUAAGGAUAAUAAUAAUACUCUACCAGAGGAUUCUUCAUGGGAGGUUGGUUUGCCCUACAGCACCGGCGCUGUCUUACCUGAGGUGACAUCUUCUGUUAGUCAUGAAGGGUUGAAACCUCAAGCUGUGGAAGAAGAUUUUCUUGAAGAUUUUUUGGAGAUGAAUGAUCUUGAAGGUGGUCUAAGGCCAAUUGGUGAACUCGACAACGUCCACCAAGAUGCACCUUUGUUUCUUGAUUUUACGUGAAAGAUAGGAUCAGGCAGGUAAACAACAAUAUGUUUGUUCAUAUCAUUGUGACUAAAUGAUAUAAGCAGUGGUUUUGACUUCAACAAGCAGCUAUGGAGCCAUGAUCAAAGGUGAAGGGUUAUCAACUCCCUUGAACAAAACCGAUGCACGAAACUGUUAUGCAUGAUGAUGCUGAGGAGAUGACAAAGUGGAUGCAGAGGAUAUGAACUGAGGACAGAAAAAAGUACAUGGCAACCGACGACGACCAUGGGAGGACGAUCAUACUGUGUAAUUUGUUACAUUUUUGGUUUUUGAUAUUGUAUUUUUAGUUUAGGGGUCGGGCGGAAUUAUAAGCCCCUUUCUGGGUUUUCUACGGUUCUUUCCCAGAUCGGAAAAAGAGAGUCGAACCGAUAGGGUCCUUAGAUAAUUUAGAAAUAGGGAUUAAUAAACAUUGUUCUAAGAG